GUGAUUGGGCUUGUGGAGGGAGUGUGCCCAGUGGGAAUCUGGCCUGGUAUGUGGGAAUGAGGACUCUGCCUGUGAAGGAGGAGUCUGGGACUGGGGGAUGAGCCAGGCUCUGUGACAGUGGCAGAUUAUGCCAACUCAGACCCGGCUGUGGUGAAGUCUGGACGGGUGAAGAAGGCUGUGGCCAAUGCAGUGCAGCAGGAGGUAAAAUCCCUGUGUGGUUUGGAAGCUUCCUGCGUUCCUGCCGAGGAAGUUCUCUCCGUGUCGGGAGAGUCCUGCGACAGCAGUGAUGAGAUGGACACAAAGGAGAGCAUCAACGGGCGGGCUGCCUCGAGGAAAAAGAAGAGCAAAAGGCACAAAGAAAGCGCUGAUGGGGGAGGUGGAGAGGAGUAUCCCAUCGACAUCUGGCUGCUCUUGGCUUCCUACAUUCGCCCUGAGGACAUUGUCAGGUUUUCUCUGAUUUGCAAGAAAGCCUGGACUGUGACUUGCACUGCUGCCUUUUGGACCAGGCUCUACAGAAGGCACUACAGUCUGGACGCGUACCUGCCGCUGCGCCUGCGCCCCGAGUCCAUGGAGAAGCUGCACUGCCUGCGGGCCUGCGUCAUCCGCUCGCUCUACCACAUGUACGAACCCUUCGCCUCCCGCGUCUCCAGGAACCCUGCCAUUCCAGACAGUACUCCCAGCACUUUAAAAAAUUCCAGAAGUGCAUAUUUCCUCUGUAACAGGCAUCAGGAGAGCUCAGGAGUGACACUGGUAGCCAGGAGUCGUGUCAUGCUGCCUUCCUUGUCUGCUUUUCUGGUGCAAAAAGAUUGUAGGGAACAGACAAGAAGCAAUGUGGGAAUUCAACUUCAAGUUCAAAAAGCAGUCCCCCAGAUUGAAGAGCAAGUGUUGCAAAGGUCUCCAGCCCCCCAUCCAGUACGAGGAGGUGCACACGAACCCGGAUCAGGAUUGCUGCCUGCUGCAGAUCACCACCUUCAACUUCAUCUUCGUGCCAAUCGUCAUGGGCAUGACGUUUACCUUGUUCACCAUCAACGUGAGCACCGACAUGCGGCACCACCGCGUGCGCCUCGUGUUCCAGGACACCCCCGUCCGCAACGGGAAGAAGCCCCGCCUGGAGCAGGGGGUGCAGGUGGUGCUGGACCCCGUGCACAGCGUCAGGCUCCUGGAUUGGUGGCACCCACAGUACCCCUUCUCCCCAAAAGCUUAGUGCUCUCCCGAGGCUGCAGGAACCGGCAGGUGACUGGGUCUGGCAGGCCGAAGAGAAUUUCUAGGAACCAGGAAAAUCCUAUUUUUAUUUCUUAAAUAAAUUCUGCAGUCCUCCCUUGCAAGUGGUUGAAGCUGCUGAGCUAGUUUGUGUGUAUAUAACUUCUGGUCAGUAAUGGGCAGAGCUGAGUGUAAAGCAGAAACUAUUUGUAAACACACUUUUAUGUAAAAUUGACAUUUUAUGAUUUGAAAGGAGCUCCCUGGAACUAUUCAUUUAAAAUCCUUUUGGUGCUAAUCAAA